UGUGCUCAAAUUCCAAACAAUUCGUAUAUAAAAAUAUUUUAUACCUAAAACGACUGAAAAAAUAUUGAUAUAAUGUCUUACUUACUCACUGAAAUUGCCUUGGAAAUGUUAGGCUAUAAGUUUUACGACAUAUAUGGAACGCUAGAUGAAAUAAAUAAUUUCCAAAAGCCUAUCCACACCGAUAGAUCUACCGAAGCUUAUAAUGCAAGAAAUUUGGCCCAAAUACUGGGUGUUAAUACGGAAGGCGAUAGAAAUCGCAAGCCAAAUCAAAGUAACAAGGAAAUAUUUGAAGAGGUUAACGCCAAUUUACCAGAAAAUUUAACGAAAUUAAUGGACACCGAAUAUAAUAAAAUACGGCAACAGGUCUUGCACAACAAACCAGUCGUUCUAGACAAUCAGAAUGCUCAAAGCAUUAUACAAAAUUACAUUGAUUCUGAACAUGAGAAAUUACGCAUGGAACAUCAGAGUUUACGCAAUUUUCGUAAAAUCGUUGAACAAAAUUUAUUACAAGUGAAUCCAGCUACGUUUGAGAAAUAUUGUCAGAUUUUUAAGCCAGCCCGUAAGCAACUGAAGAGACUAGAUGGUCAUAAGAAAUAAAUUUAAGAUAGUAUCUUUCUCUUUACUAAUAACUAAUUAAUAAAUAAAUAUAAAAUUAAUAAAACUA